AUGGGGAGGAGCGAUGGCGCGGGAGUGGCUGGGCGGGUGGCUGUGAUGGGCGUGGUGGCGGUGAUGGCGAUGGUGGGGAGCAACGAGGGCCUCACGAAGGGCGGUUGGGCGCAGCGCUGCUUCUGGCGCAGCAGCGCCUGCAGCCGUGGCUUCCUCCCCAUCAUGAUGGCGCACGCUGCUCCUCUUGACCCCACCCAGUGGCCGGGGCUGCGAGACAUGAAGGCGCAGUGGGGCAGUAUAAUACCGGCCAUCACCGACACCUGGGCGGAGAACGCUGACUGCAACGGAUUCGGAAGUGUCACGUGCAACGGUGCUGGCUUCGUGACAACGAUAGACUUAGCACGCAAACAACUAACGGGCUCCUUUCCUGCGACCAUUGGUGUCUUCAACAGCCUCGAAUACCUCUAUAUGGGCGAAAACCUUCUAUCGGGCUCACUCCCAUCGACCUUCUCCAAACUCGUUUCUCUAAAGGAAUUCGUCGCCAAUAACAACCAGAUCAGUGGGCCCUUGCCUGAUGGUAUCGGUGCUCUCACUAACAUGUACCAGCUGCAAUUGCACUACAACCAAUUGGAAGGGCCACUCCCAGCAUCAUUCACCCAUCUAUCUGUGCUAAGGAUAUGCGAGAUUUUUAACAACCAGAUUUCGGGAUCUCUACCAGAGACGCUUGGGAGUCUCUCCCAACUAAUAUCUUUCCGUGCCCACAACAACCUCUUAUCGGGUACCUUGCCUUCGACUCUAACAACCACGACUAAUCUCGGUUUCCUUCAUCUGCAGAACAAUGCCCUGAGUGGAACCAUCCCUACCAACCUGGUCACUAUCACAACGAUUGGAGAUCUAAACUUGGCGCACAACAAAUUCAGUGGCCCCCUUCCAACGGCAUGGACGACACCUGAUAUGUUUAAGCUCAAUGUAGGCAACAACCUGUUGAGUGGCACUAUACCUGACGAGAUCACAGGCUUGAUCUAUCUCACACUGCUAGACCUGAGCUCCAACCGCCUGACUGGCACCAUACCGCAAGGUCUUUCUAGUCUUACCGAGCUAGAAACUCUCAACCUGAGGAACAAUCAGCUCACAGGGAAGGUCCUCGAGCCGUUGCCACCAGCAAUAAUAACGUACAAGCUGGACAACAACUACUUCAAUGAGGGGUUCUCCUCCCCCCCGCCGUGUGAUCAAGGCUACAUCACGUACCGCGGCAACUGUGCGGCCACGCCAGCACAGGAUCUAGUGUGUGGAGACAGCCCUCAGAAGACCGACUCUGUGUGUGCUGCCUUCUGUGGUGUCUCUCCCACUUCACCCGCCUGCAACGGCCAUGGCGUGUGCUUCUUGGACGGUCCCAGCAACACGCCCACAUGCCUCUGUGACGAGAACUACGUGGUUGGGGAGUAUCUUGGCAGCUGUGUGCCUGUGGCAGGUGGUAAGACGGAGCAGAAUUUGACGCCCACAGGAGCCAUGUUCACAGCCACUGGAGACGCCUCAGUGAAUGCAGCCACGCUCACUCUCACGCCCGCCCAGCCGUCCAAGGCUGGCAGUGUGUUCCUGGCAGCGCGCGUGCCGCUCUUCUCCUACCAGCUCAUCGGGGACACCUGCGGCCGCCAGCUCGCCUUCUCCUCCUCCUUCUCCUUCACUCUCACCCGCCCCGCCGCCUCCGGCUCCGAAGGGUUUGCCUUUGUGGUGGCCUUUGAUGCCACCCCGCCCACAACACCGGUGACGGGCGGCAUGGGGUAUGCGGGGAUGGGAGAGCGCAGCGUGGCAGUGGAGUUUGACACGUCGAUGGAUGCGGGCAACAGCGACCCUGACAGCAACCACGUGGGCAUCAACACCGGCGGCAGUGUCGUGUCAGUCGUCACGGCCAAGCCCAGCUUUCCCCUCAAUGACGGCACACCUAGGCACGUGUGGAUCGACUACGACCCUUCCUCCGAUGGCUCCCUGCGCGUCUUCCUCUCCUCCCAGCCAUCUCGCCCCACCAAGCCCCUCCUGUCGGCACGCAUCUCCUUGUGUGAGGAGCUCGCCCCAACUACAUCGGAGUACACCUUUGCCAUCGGCUUCACUGCUGCCUCCGCCACCCAGCCUCAAGGCCAUGUCGUCUUCGCCUGGACCCUCUCCACACGUUUUCCUAUCCAGCAAACUCCAGAGGCAUCGCUGGGCUUUACCUUCAGCGAGGCGGCGCUCUCUAUAUCGGGGAUGAAUCCUUUCUUCCGCUAUGCCAGCUCGGGUAGUGUAGCUGCUCAGAAUGGCAAUGACGUGUAUGGUGUGCAACCUGCAGCGUCAUGGGUUCGCCCUGACUUCACAUGGCCUGUCAGGACUCAAACCUCAACAUGCGGCGACUGCUGGGCGUACGCAGUGGUGGGCAGCAUCGAGGCAGCAUACAGCAUCAUGACCAACACUGCAACGGUGAAGGCACUCUCAGUGAAGCAGUUGAAGGCCGCCAUGAAGGCCGGCUGCUCUGGCAGCACGCCUUCUCAGGCCUUCCAGCUGCUGCUCAAGCUGGCAAGCAAGGGAGGAGGGCUCGUGUUGGAGAGCCAGGGGGCGGCGGCGAAAGGCAAGAAGGCAGUUGUGAAGGCAGGCAGCAGCAGUCCUCUUUGCUAUCCGUUUCUGAAGCCACUGGCAAAGCUGUUCCGUGUGUCGUGUGGCACUGCUAACCCACGUCCCCCCACUGCGUUUCCCAUCAGUGGCUUUGAGUCGACGUCCUUCUACGGCUGGUUUGGGCUGCUGCUGGCCGUGCAGCGGCAGCCAGUGGUGGUGCACAUUGAGGCUUCCACGGACACGUUCAAGGAUUAUGAUGGGGACCCCGACUGCUUCACGUACAACCUGAACCACGUGGUGCUGCUGGUGGGGUACCGCCUGGUGGGCAAGGAAUCGCGCUUCCCCCACAUGGCGCCGCCCUUCUGGAUCAUCCGCAACUCAUGGGGGGCUGACUGGGGCGAUGGGGGCCACAUGCGCAUGGACAUCCAGGGGGGGGAUGGCGUGUGCGGCAUCAACUCGCUGCCGGGCCUCUACCCUGUCGUUAGAGCCUCUGUUGCUGCUGCUGCUGCUGCUGCUGCUGCUGCUGCUGCUGCUGCUGCUUCUGCUGCCGCCGCCGCCGCCGCCGCCGCCGCUGCUGCCGCUGCUGCUGCUUUUGCCUGA